CCGCAAAACAUGCGCGAUCCUGGGGUCGAGGUUGUACCGUGCUUCCCAAUCGCCGCCACAGCAGCGCACGUCGCAUCCUCCGUUUCCGCCCUACAGAGCGCUCGCUUCUGAGCCUUCCACCCGUCACAAGUCCUCGGUGCCCUGCAACGGUGCGCGAUCGAUGCAAGGGUGGCUAGUUUCCUCGCGAACCGCAGAUAGUCAGCGCCUUCGCCGAUAGCUUAGGCGCGCGCGAGGCAGUCCUGCCGCCUGCCGUCGCUGCCGUUGACGCCCGUCUGCAGACGGUGCCGUCUGGGUUAGCGCCAUGGGAUGGCUGCGGGAGUAGCGCCACAUGGACUGCCGCACGUGAAUCGUCGCCUGCUCUCGCCGUCUGACGCGCACCUCGCGCUCUUGCAGGCCAUCCGUCUCUCGCGACGCAAGUCCAUUCUCACUCGUCGACUGGCCGCCUCGCUUCGUCCUAGCGCGCGCUGCACCUGAUUCGAGCCACCGUGGUCGCCCGCCAUGGCGCCCCUUGCGCUGGGCGCCCGCCGUGCUGUGGUGGCAGCGCUGCUGCUGCACCUCUCCCUCUGCCGCUCUCUUGCCCGGCGCCCACCCUCGCCGCCGUCCGCGCCACCCAGAACGCCCGCCGCCGCCAGACAGCAGCAGCAGCCGCAGCAGCCGGCGUCGGGCGGGGCGCUCAACGCAAGCCUCGUUCUUCUGUCCAACAACCCGCUGGGCGCAAAAUGCCUCGACGGCAGUCCUCCGGGGUACUACUUCCGCCCGGGCUUCGGUGCGGGGAAGCGCUUCUGGCACAUAUUCCUGCCCGCGGGGGGGUGGUGCGCCACGCUCGCGGACUGCGCCCUGCGCGCCACCCACCCGCUCGGCUCCACGCGUUACUGGGCUCGCCUGAACGGCUCCGCCCCCUCGUCCACCUCGGCCCCUCCCGCCCCUUCACCUCCGUCCACCAGCCCGUCUCGCCCCUUGCCCCUCUUCCCCGCGCCCUCGUCCCCGACCUCGUCGUUUGACGACAGCGACGACUCGCAGAGCGCAUCCCCUCUGCGCGCCGUGCCUGGGUUCAGCGGCAUGCUGAGCGGAAGCGAGGCGGUGAACCCGGGGCUGUUCAACUGGAACCUCGCCAUGCCCAUCUACUGUGACGGGGGGGGCUACGCCGGCACUGCAGGCCGCGUGCAGCUGCCGGGGAAAGGCAAUAACUCCAUUUACCUCGACGGGUACAACGUCACGCGGGCCAUUCUCGCAGAUCUCCUGGCUGUGCGCGGGAUGGCAUCUGCACGGCGCGUGCUGGUGGCGGGGGCAUCAGCGGGCGGGCAGGCCGUGACAGCUUGGUGUGAGCGGGUGGCGGGCAUGGUGCCGGGCGCUGCCACCAAAUGCCUCAUGGACUCGGGGAUAUUCCUGGACGCGAGGGACAGGGCGGGCGUAUUGUACUUCCGCCAGGUGGCCAGGCAGAUGACAGCGCUGCACAGGGCGCACGGCAACGACAAGUGCAUGCAAGUGGAGUCACCCUCCACCAAGUGGCGCUGCUUCUUCCCGCAGUACACCUUGCCGCACAUCACCGCGCCCCUCUUCCUGCUCUCGCCCCUUCUGGACCACCGCGCCCUCAUGCUCGGCAACCAGGUGCGCAACGACUCGGGCUACGCCAAGCGGUGCCUGAGCAACAUACUGCGCAGCACAGCCAACCUCACACACACCAUGCGCUACAGCACCCGGCGCAACGCCAUGGCGGGGAAGGUGAAGAUGUGCACGCCCGAAGAGACCAAGGCUGUGCUCGUGGCCGGCAACACUCUACUCGCAAGUGUGACGGCGAUAGUGCAAGACCAGGCAACAUGGGUCGCGUACAUCCCAGCUUCAGCAGCACAUUGCUACACUUACUUCCCAUCCUACAGUGAGAUUUCUAUAAAGCAAUACUCAUUAAAGAAUGCAGUAGCCGACUGGGCCUUGGAUGUGCGAACAAAACUGAGACUAAAUGGCCCGUCAUGAUACCGUAUACGCCCGGAUAGAAGACAAUAGUGUCUUAUCAUAACAGAUUAAGAAAAUCGGCCUUUCUGU